CCCGGGAUAAAGCGUUGCGGUGGCGGCGGUGUGUGUGUGUUGGUGAGCAGGAGGGAGGGGGACAGAUGAGGCAACAUGACCGACACAGACGUGCAAGGCGCUCCUCUGUCAGCCCCGGCGACAGGACCGACUCCGCCAGAGCGAAAAGUCAUUGCUACUUUGGUGCAAGGAACUGUGAAAUGGUUCAAUGUACGCAAUGGCUAUGGUUUCAUCAACAGAAAUGACACCAAAGAGGAUGUAUUUGUCCAUCAGACUGCCAUUAAGAAAAACAACCCCAGAAAAUUUCUCAGGAGUGUUGGGGAUGGAGAGACUGUGGAGUUUGAUGUUGUUGAAGCAGCUAAGGGCUCAGAAGCUGCUAAUGUGACUGGUCCAGGUGGGAUUCCAGUUAAAGGCAGCCGCUACGCCCCAAACAAGCGCAGGUUCCGCAGGCGCUUCUUUCCUCGUCCUGCACGGCCACCACAGGAUGAUGGGAAAACUGGCGAUUCCUCUGCUGGUCCCACUUCUGAGGGGGAGGGACAAAAUGGAACUUCUCAACCCAGGCCACAGCGCCGCCGUCAGCGCAGGAGACCAGGCACGCAGCCACAAACUGAGGGAGAAUCAACAGGUGAGCAGAAGGAGGUAGCCAACGGGAGCCAACAGAGACCGCCGCCGCGCAGGUUCAGACCUCGAUACCGCAGGCCUCUUCGUCCUCAGCCACUUCCUGGAGAGACUCCGUCAGCCACUCCUGCAGAGGGCCAGAAGGAAGCUCCCAAAGAAGGUCCGAGCAAUGGAGAGCAAGCUGAUGGACAGGCUCAGAAACCACGCCGCCAGUUCAGUCGCCGUCGACAAAGGAAUUCUGACUCGACAACCUCUAAAGAUGGUGCAGAGAAGUCAGACAAGGCAGAGCCUGCCUCACCUGCUACGCCACCUCAGCCAAUUGAUGCUAAAGCCUCACCAAAACAAUCCCAGAAAACUUCCCCAAAAGCAGAUGAGUUGGUGGCCCUCUCCAACACUCAGACAUCUCCACAGGCUCCUGAUGCCAUGCCUGUGGCCUGACUUCCAUGACCUGGAAGAAAUCUAGUGACCCUGAUGAGAGGUUUCUGGAUGAGCCGGGGUGGUUAAGCAAACCCACAGCUGAUGUGCACGCUACCCUUCCCUCCUCCAUACCUCUUGCCUGAACUCUUUAGUAUGGACCCUUCAUUUGGUGAGCAAGAGGGAAGAGGAGUGACAAGUAUAUUUUGGACUUUAAUGUCUUUUAGGGGGAUCAAAAAAUAGACUUGCUCAGAAAGCCCAAUAUAUUUGCAUUGUCUCACUUUUAAUUCAGUGAUUUAUGGGUGUGAGCAGCUGAAAUGAGAACCAGUUUGGCCCUUUAAGUUUUGGGGGGAACAGAAUAAGGGGGUGCAAGAGUAUGCCCCUUGCCAUUGGCUACACAUGGGGGGGAAAUUUAAUAUGCCAAUUCAUAAAAAUGCAAACUGGUUGGUUUUUUUUCUUCUUGUUUUGAUUUCUUUGGAAGGGGUUAUGUGCAAUGUCAUUAAAGUGAAUGUCUAUAAAACCUUGCAGAACAAUACAGUCCUUUUGUGAAGUCUUAAAUUGUCCUGCUUUUAUUGAAAAGUAAGGCUUUGACUAGAACUUUUCAGAGAAGACUUUUUUUUUUUUUUUUUUUUUCCCCUAAUAGUUUAUGAAGGGUGCAAAUUUUAUAAGUCCCAUAUUUGCAAGGGCAAUAAUGUUUUCAAUGUAGCAGCAGCUGAAAGGAGACCUCAUUUUUGGAAUGGGGGAAAACUGGCAAGAGUAUUCGUAACUUGUGAAUAAAUCAAAUUUACACAA